AAGAUAUUAACACAGUCAGAACGUUGUCUCACCGCUUCUAGCUUUUAUUCUGAAUAUAAAAGCAACGAGUUUUCCUAAUUUCUAAUAUCGCAAGUCCCUUUAAUUUGAUCUCUCCCUUCCCGAGUGAGAUGGCCUUCGCUUUCCGCUUCAGUGGCUUCUCGCGGGGCCACUACUUGUCUCUCAUCACAUUAUGCGUAACACGCCUCACUUCAGCCUUUACCUUCUCCUCUACCGGCUUUACUGUCAAUCUGAAUGAUGUACCGUACUACAUCACUCCAGAAGCUGUAGCGACGAUUCCCGUAAAGAAAGAUCUCUUCGGUACCGCUGUUGCGGGUUUUAUGCCCAUCACUGUUAUCAAGACGAAUGACCUGAGCUUCGGUAGUGAAGCGUUCUCAUCACUUGCUGCUGAAUGGACAAAAGAGGAUGAUGUCUUUCAAUCUGGCUUUCUGAGAGGUAUAUAUGUGCAGUACACUGGCCCAUUAGGUCCAAAGCAACACUUUUCUCCCAAGUUUGGUAACGCUUCUAUCACGACUACCGCAUGUGAAGCUUCCGAGGCUCUGCCAGAGGGUCCGUAUUUCGUCUCCUCCACAGGAGAGUUGCACCAGGCCUGGAGGUUGUACGCAGACGUACAAGGAGCAUUCACUGAAACAACGAUUUCAAAGCCCGAUGGCUCAUUUUCUGUUCUUCCUGCCAACACGAAAGGUCAAUCACUUGCUGUCGCAGUGCCAUCCCGUUUGUACUUCACAAAGACAGAGGAGAAACCACUUGCUGGCGUUCGUCUCGGUGUAAAGGAUAUCUUCGAUGUCGCCGGUCUAAAAACCAGUAACGGAAACCGGGCGUGGUAUCAUUUCUACCCAGCAGCGAAUACUACCGCAGUCGCUGUGCAGCGUCUAAUCGACGCUGGCGCUAUUGUGGUUGGAAAAAUGAAAACAAGCCAGUUCGCCAACGGUGAGUCCGCGACCGCGGAAUGGGUUGAUUACCACGCGCCUUUUAACCCACGCGGAGAUGGCUACCAGCAACCUGCGGCUUCUUCAUCCGGCCCCGGCGCUGGAGAAGGUGCAUACCCAUGGCUCGAUAUAACCAUCGGCUCUGACACUGGCGGUAGCAUAAGGUCUCCAAGCCAAGUACAAGGACUGUAUGGAAACAGGCCUUCCCAUGGACUGGUACCACUGACAAACGUCAUGCCUUUGGCACCUGAGCUUGACACGGCAGGGUUCCUGACGCGCGACCCAGCACUAUGGACAGCUGCGGCAAAGGCACUGUAUCUCUCCAAUAUUACCGUAACCUCGUCUUACCCCUCGAGCAUCCUUACAUGGGGAUUCCCGGAAAAAGUCGAGAGCGACGGUGACGCAGCUCUGGCCGCUUUUCUCUCAAACAUCACACGAUUCCUGCAAGCGAAUGCCACUGCCUACGACCCCAUCACAGACUGGUCUGCCUCAAAGCCGGAUGCUCCACCAUUAACGGAGUUACUCAACAUUACAUAUCCUCUCCUCAUUGCCAAAGAACAGACCCGCCUGGUCCGCGAUCCGUUCUAUGCCGACUACGCCGCCGCACACGAUGGGCGCCUUCCUUUCGUCAACCCAGUACCAUUGGCACGAUGGGGAUGGGGUGAUAACUCCUCUGCGACGAUCGAGGAGGGUAUUGCAAACAAGACGCUCUUCAUGGACUGGUUCAAUAGCAACGUGCUCGUUCCAACCCCAGAGACAUGCAGCAAUAGCCUGUUAAUCUAUGCUUUGGCCGGAUUUACUGGAUUUGAACCUGAUUAUCGCAACCUGUUUGAGGAGCUCCCCGAUGCUCCAACGGGAUUCAAUCCAGCGAGAGUUAGCGUCUUUAGCGAGGCUCCAGAUGUGGUUGUGCCUGUCGGAAAGUUCAGUUAUUUCUCAACGAUCACGAACCAUACCGAAACGCUCCCAGUUUCGGUGGAUAUCAUGGCUGCGAAGGGGUGCGACGGGAUGAUUUUCUCGCUUGUUGAGGACCUGGUGGCUGAAGGGAUUCUCAGUGUAAGUCAGGCUGGUAUGAGCCAUGAAGAUGGUGGUGAGAUUUUGUACAAACGCUGGUGAGAGGCAUCGGGCUCCAAUCAUGGCCAACAUAGCUUCUCAAGGUAUGUAGUUGAAUGGUAUUAAUCCUGGUUCUGACUGCAACAAACAUUGAAUUUGUUUGCUCAAAUCUGGACUCUUGGACAACUGGUUCGUUAGUUACUAAGUCUCGUGGUAUAAAUUCGGUUAACCUUGUCCUAGCCGUCAUUGUGAAGCUUCUAACGUUCGUCACCGUGAAGCGAGAUGGUGAUAAUUGUAUGGAGUAGAAGAAGAUACCUAGUUAAGAUAUGUUGAGUCU